AUGAAGAGGACGGAUCAGACGACAGUGGCCCUGAGCAAGACCAUGAAUGAUAAUAUCGUGUGGCACGACUUGGAAAAUACGCAAGGCCCGGACGAGGAAGACGACGAGGAGGAAUAUGAAUUCUUUUUUCAUAUUUUACCUUUUGUCAUUGCGUUUCUUUCCUCUUUCCUGAAGAAGAAAUUCAAUGAAUGA